UCGUAGCGUCAUUUUUAUGAGUAACGUCGGCCGUUGCUCUAAAGUAUCUCUCAUCAAUUGUAUUUCUAUUAGUGCUGAUAACUCGUUAAACGUUGUUUUCGGUCUUGAUUAGUACGUGCUCUAGCGCUUUCACUCCUGUGAUUUGAUUUUUAAUCAAUAUUCCAUAAUGUCGGAGGACUCGGUGGCACCUUUUAGUAGCGUCGAUAUCAACAAUGAAAACAGGGAUGACGAAGAUCUUUUUGCUUCAGCGGUCCAGGAAGUAAGUUUGGAUCCUGAAGUAAAUGGAGUAAGGGAUAGUCUAGAAAAGAUUAGCAUUGUGGAUGCUGCAGUAUCAACAGCUUCUAUUGGUAGCCCCAUUAUGGAGGAGAUUGUAACUGAACGUGCUAACAACAUAAUAGUUACUAUAACUGAACCUCAGAAAAUUGGGGAAGGAAUGAGUUCCUAUGUGGCAUAUAGAAUUCUCACUAAGACUAAUAUGCCCAUUUUUAACAAACAUGAAUUUGGAGUGUUACGCCGUUUCAGUGACUUUCUUGGUCUGCAUGAAAAGCUCUCUGAAAAAUAUUUACGUUCUGGUAGAAUAAUACCACCUGCUCCUGAAAAAAGUAUUGUUGGUACAACCAAACUUAAAAUGUCAUCAACAUCGUCAACUGAGAGUAUCAAUGGUAAUUCUGGAUCAAAUGUUCAUACACAAUUUGUUGAGCGUCGUCGUGCGGCACUUGAGCGAUUCUUGAACAGAUUAGCUCAACAUCCAGUGUUAUGCAUAGACCCUGAUUUUAGGGAAUUUUUGGAAUCUGACACGGAAUUACCUAAAGCAACAAGUACAUCUGCCUUAAGUGGAGCUGGUAUGAUGCGGCUCUUGAACAAAGUUGGAGAAACAGUUAAUAAAAUCACUUAUCGCAUGGAUGAAUCUGAUCCUUGGUUCGAAGAGCGCAUAGCAAGAGUUGAAUCACUGGAAGCGGGGUUGCGCAGACUGUGCGGUGCGUGCGAGGCAUUGGCCAGCGAACGUCGCGAGCUGUCUGUGAGGUCGCACGAGGCAGCCCGAUGUAUCGCAGCCGCAUCGGCCGCGGACCCACACGCGCCCCUCUCUAGGGCGUUGUCACAUUUAUCCGACCUAUACGAUAAGAUAGAGCAUUUAAGAGUGGAGCAAUCGAACACCGACUUCUACGUGUUGACUGAACAUAUCAAGGACUAUUUGGGUCUCAUUGCUUCAAUUAAAGAUGUUUUCCACGAAAGAGUUAAGGUAUUCCAAAACUGGCAACACGCUGAAAUGCAACUGAACAAGAGGAGAGAAAAUAAAGCCAAAGCGGAAAUCGCCAACCGACCGGAGAAAAUUGAACUUGCCUCCAAUGAGAUUAUCGAGUGGGAAUCAAAAGUGGAGCGUUGUCACACAGAGUUUGAUACAAUCUCUCGCGUGAUCAAGAAAGAGUUGGAGAGAUGGGAGGAGAUAAGAGUGGCGGAGUUGAGAACCACCAUUUUGAGAUACCUUGAGGAACAUAUGAAGCAUCAGGCACAGUCAAUCAGGUACUGGGAUGGUUUCCUCCCAGAAGCUCGCGCGAUUAAAUGAGGGAGGCCUCAUGCCCGGAGUCGCGGCAUUUUCAGAGUAUACAAAUAUUAAUAAUGACACACGAAUAUUAUAUGUAUUAAAAUCCAUAUUCUUACUUUUCCUUCAUUUUUAUAAUUUAAUGUUUGCUCUACGUUGUCAGUGAUUAUUUAAUAAAAUCUACUACUCGUAACAAUUACUAAUGGUAUGUUGAAUUUGGAAACUGAAUUUAAGCUAUACUACUAUGAAAUAGAUUAAAGUUUGUACUGACUUCAUAAUUUUAUUUCAAAUGUAUGUAAAAUGAUUGUGGCGUACCUACGGCUAUUGAGGUACCUGCAUAAUAAAGCCCCAGGUAGCAUGAAUAGGCAGGAUAAAUUGCAGACAGGCUAUUGCUUGCCAGUGCUUUUUUACCAAAACCAAAUCAAUUACACUGUUUUAGCUAAAUCACUUAUUUAUCUCUUUAUAACAGUGCAGUCAUUUUGACAGAAGGAUAAAUGGAGUAAAAAUAUUAAUAAAAAUGAUUUAGUUUCGAUAGAAUUACUUAAAUAUAGUAUAUACGAAAUCUAGCUUCAAAAACUA